CUUUGUACCGUCUGGUGCUGCUUUUGCUUUUUCUUUCGUUGUGUAAUAGUUAAUAUAGCAGUUGAAAGAAACAAUGUCUGAAGAAGCUGACAAGUAUAAGUUUCUUUGUAGGCUUAGCGAUUCUGCUGAACGCCAUAUGGAUAUGCUUUAUUACAUAAAGAAAGUAGUAGAAGUUUCUGAGGGGGCUGAAUUCAAUUCUGAAGAGAGAAAUUUACUUUCAGUCGCGUAUAAAAACAUAAUUUCUCCUAAACGCAACGCCUUAAGAAUAUUUUGGAGUUUAAAAAAUAAUCCUAAUAGCAAAAAUAUGGAAAAAGUUAUCGACUGGUAUAUUGGUGUUAUUAAAAGCGAAAUUAGAGAAGUUGUUAGCGACGUUCUGCAAAUUACUGAGCGACUCAUGGAAAGGUGCAGUACUACUGAAGGGAAAAUUUUUUUCAUGAAGAUGCAAGGUGACUACUAUCGCUACUGCGCGGAAUGCGAGAUGGGCGAUUUGGAUAGAAGCGAAUUAGAAAAAAAUAACUUGAAAUUAAGCGAAGAAGCGCUGAAGGCUUCAAAAGAUUCAAACGAGUGUUAUCAGCAAGCUUACGAAUUAGCAGUCGCGGAAUUGCCUCCCGCUCAUCCCAUUCUUUUAGGAUUGAUUUUGAAUUAUUCUGUGUACUUUUUUGAAAUUGUCGGGAAUGUUUCUAAAGCUUGCGAGCUUGCGCAAGAGGGAUUGAACAACGCGCUGAACACUCUAAAUUCCGGCGACGAGUACAAAGAUUCUUCCGUCAUCUUGCAAUUGAUCCGCGAAAAUUUGGCCUUUUGGGAAGGCAGCGAAAGGAAAACUGAUGAAGAAAAUGAAGGUGACACGGCAGGAAAAAAAGAUGACGAAAAUGCGGUAGAAUGCAGAAAGGAAGAAGAAGCUGACGUUUAACGUUUUUAUGUGUGUGAAAAAUAAAAUAAUAAAAAAUAAUUUUUUUCUUUGAAA